GCAGCUUCGGCGAUGCUUUAAAAAAAGGCUUGUUUUCUCUCGGCUUCAAGGAAACAUUGCUUGCGCAAAGAAACAGUGGGGAAAGAAUGAAACGAAUGAACAAAAGUCAUAUGGCCACGCUUCCCAUACAUAUAUUAUAGUUAGGAUUUCGCCUAGGAGGUAACUUAACUUAAUCAAUUCAUGAUUCAAUGCAUGCGAGUGACCUUGUGUCCCGCCGCUGCUUGGGUUGCGGUAACGGGUACCUCCUAUGUGCGGGAUUGCGUGUACUCUGCCGCCAGUGCUGCCAGCUUAGUUUCAAUAGAUAGCAGCAGAUGUCUGUCGGCGGUUGAUUUUCUAUUCGUCCUUCUCGGUGUAUACAUGGUACCCAUGAGUACCCAUGAUAGGGGUGAUAUAGAUAAUUAUACAUAUCAUUAUCAUAUCCCCAGUUCAACCGUGCAUCUGAUAUAUGUUAGAUGAAUACGGAGUAUACUUCCCUUCAUCCGCUCAUGCCCGCCCGCUGGCCUCGACGGUUCAAUCUGAUCUAAUAUCUCGAUAGCAUCUCGCUCAUCUCCUCCUGAACUCUCUCCUUGCUCCCGCCCCCCUUCCCCUCUCCCCUCUCCCCUCCCCGCGCGCGCGCGCCCCCCCCCCCUUCCCCCUACUCCCCUACUCCCCUACUCCCCCACCUAAAACCUCCGUAGCGCACUAUUCGGCGACAUUGUAGGAUGCGCUUAAGGGCAUCUUCAUCUCCGCCUCCGUCUCCAGCCCAGUCUUGGCUAUUAACGAGCCAAGCCCUCCUCCUCCUCACCGUUCCCAUACAUGCCGUUAAUUUGAACGUAACUAACGAUGAAUCCGUCAUAAAAGUCGCCCAAGAGCUCGCAAAGGGUCUGAGAAGCUACUACACAGGUGACGCUCCCGGGAAUGUCCCCGGAACCCUGCCCCCGCCCUACUACUGGUGGGAAGCCGGCGGGAUGUUCGGCGGCCUGAUCGACUACUGGUUCUAUACCGGCGACUCGACCUACAACAGCAUCAUCAUCCAAGCUAUGGUGCACCAAGCUAGCCCGACCCGCAACUUCAUGCCGGUCAACCAGACGAGAUCCGAAGGCAACGACGACCAGAGUUUCUGGGCCUUAGCCGCCAUGGCCGCGGCGGAGCGCAAUUUCCCCAGCCCGCCCCCGGACCAGCCAGACUGGCUUGCCCUCGUGCAGGGCACCUUCAACUCGCAGGCGGCGCGGUGGGAUACAGAGACGUGCGGUGGCGGGCUCAAGUGGCAGAUCUACCCGUUUAACUCCGGGUACGACUACAAGAAUACCAUCUCGAACGGGUGCUUUUUUAACAUCGGGGCGCGGCUGGCGACGUAUACCGGCAACAAGUCGUAUGCGGUCUGGGCGGAGAAGGCGUGGGAUUGGAUAGAGAGUGUUGGAUUGGUGACGGACAAUUACCAAUUCUUAGACGGCGCGGAUGAUGAGCAAAAUUGCACGAAGCCCGAUCCGAUCCGGUGGACGUAUAACGCGGGCGUAAAUAUGUUGGGCACCGCGCAUAUGUAUAAAUUCACCAAUGGCAGCGACAAAUGGAGAACCCGGCUACAAGGCAUCCUCGACGCCCUCGACAUCUUCUUGCGGCCGGAAACAUCCAUCCUCUUCGAAUCCGCCUGCGAGCCCUACAACACCUGCAAAACAGACCAGCUCUCCUUCAAAGCCUACCUCGUCCGCUGGAUGGCCGCCACAACCCAAGUCGCCCCCUUCACAGCCAAGCGGAUCAUGCCAAUCCUUGCCGCCUCCGCCGCCGGCGCCGCGAAGGCAUGCGCGGAGGGAGCCGGCCCGGACUUGACGACGGCGUGCUCGCUGAAAUGGGACGUGGGCAAGUUCGAGGGGGUGACGGGGGUGGGACAGCAGCUCGCGGCGCUGGAGGUGGUUCAGUCGAAUAUGGUCCGGAGCGUCCCGCCGCCUGUGUCGGCGUCGACGGGGGGAACGAGUAAGGGAGAUCCUGGCGCGGGGUAUCGACACAACAGUGAUGUUCCGCCGGAGAUUGCGACGAGGCGGAUCACGGUGGGGGAUAGGGCCGCCGCUGGAAUUUUGACGGUUAUAUUGCUUGGUAGUAUAGUUGGGGGAGCGUAUGUGUUGUUUACCUAGGGAUGUUGAGUCUCUUCGUUGGGUUUUUUGUGAGUAGAUUUUUUCUUUUUUUCUUUUUUUUGUUUUCUUCGGAUUUUUGCAGUUGGUGGAGCAGUGGUUUUUCUUUUUUUAUUCAAUAUUUAAUACGUCUGACUGGCUUGCCUCUGCGGUAUUAUGCAGAUUAACCACAGAGUAAUCCGGUUUUAGUAGAAAUAAAGGUUUUUUCUUCGUGAUGUUUGUAAUUCAGGAAUUGAUUUAUUUAUUAUCGUCGAGAGUUGUACGGAGUAGACACACAUCAAUUACGUAUGUUACUAUAUUUAUAUAACU